AUGAGGAGGUUCCAGUUAAUGAGAAGUUUUCCCUUCCCCUGGUUCAAGAGAGAAACCACUCAGAAUGAGACCAGCCCACUAAUACCAAAGGCAGAUUCCGAUAAAGAGGGAGCCGAAGCAGCGGUGCAUGCUGGGACUGAGGGCAGUUUGGAUCAGGAGUCUUCACAGCAGAUCCCUGAUGGUCACCACCAGGCCACAGAGGCCUCCAGGGGAACCAGGGUAGGACGGCCACGUCGCCACUACUCCUGCACGGACUACAUCCUCAAAUACCUCCUCUUCAUCAGCAACCUGCUGUUCACCGUGCUGGGCCUGGUGGUCCUGGUCCUCGGGCUCUGGGGCCUCAUCAACAAAGAGUCCCUCGCCCAGGAGAAGAUCGGCAGCAUAGGCACCGACCCGAUGCUGCUGUUUGUGACUGUGGGGCUUGUGCUCUCCGUCCUCUGCCUCUCAGGCUGUGUGGGGGCCCUGAGGGAGAACUGCUGCCUGCUCAGGGUCUUUUCUGCCGCUGUGCUGGUGUUGGUCACAGCCCAGGUCCUGGUGGCCAUCAUGGCCUACAGCCUGCAGGACCAGAUCGGGGGCUUCCUGCGCACUGGGAUGCUCUCGGCCAUGGCCCGCUACCAGGAUGACCUGGACCUGAGGUUCAUCACGGAUGAGAUCCAGAUUGGCCUGCAGUGCUGUGGGGCUGACAACUACCGUGACUGGGAGAUCAACAUGUACUACAAUUGCUCCUCCCCAGGUGUGCUGGCCUGUGGGGUUCCCGCCACCUGCUGUGUGGACCCCAUGGAGAACGGCACGGUGUGGAACUCACAGUGUGGCGUGGGGGCCCAGCAGCUGGGAGAGUUCUCUGCCCAGAGCGUCAUCUUCCUGGGGGGCUGCCUGGGGGGCAUCUCCCGCUGGAUAGAGCAGCACACAGGGGUGAUUGGGGUUGUGGCCACUGUCAUCCUGGGGGUCCAGAUCCUGACUCUUUUAAUCACAACACGCCUGCUGGACAGAAUCCACUGGAGCAAGGCUAGGGCAGAGCAGCCUAAAGUCUGACGGGCUGCUUCACAAUAUUUGACUCGUUUUGCAGUCAAUGAAGCCUGCUUCUACACAUGGGUAGUUGGUCUCUACAUUCGACCCCCUUCCCUUGGCACGCUGGAGUAAUCAGUCAAUGAACAUUGAUGGGAGCUGCAGUGGAUUAUCUAUGUGUAGUUGCACAUAAUCAGAUGUGCUGAAUUUAGAAGAAUAUCUCAUGUUAUUUAUGCUUGGAUAGGGUUGUUUUGUGACUCACAUCUGGUGCUACGAUCUGACAUCAUCCCUUUGGAAUUACCUACAAUAUGUCUAAGUGUGAUUGUGUUUGUUCAUAAAACGACUGGAACUCCCUCAAACAUUUGAUUUGUUUAAUUUUUCCUUGGUUUGUUUCAUUGAUUGGACUGUAAAUGGAAAGCAUAUCAGUGUGUGAAAAGCAUAUUUUUCACAUACCAGUUCU